AUGUCGACCAAGCAGAAGAAGCCCGCCGGAAAGCAGCGUUCCGCCAUUGCGGACGUCGUCGCUCGCGAGUACACCAUCCACAUGCACAAGCGCCUCCACGGUGUUUCCUUCAAGAAGCGUGCCCCCCGUGCCAUCAAGGAGAUCAAGGCUUUCGCUUUCCAGGCCAUGGGCACCACCGACGUCCGUGUCGACCCCCAGCUGAACAAGAAGGUCUGGGAGCAGGGUAUCAAGGGCGUUCCCUACAGACUCCGCAUCCGCAUCUCCCGCAGGCGAAACGACGAGGAGGGCGCCAAGGAGAAGCUGUACAGCUACGUCCAGGCCGUCAACGUCAAGAACCCCAAGGGUCUCCAGACUGUUGUCGUUGAGGAGUAA